AUGUCUGCCGGAGCAGUAUUAGCACAGCUUUCGGUCGUCCUGGCCCACAUGGAAUCUGUUAGUUCCAAGCUGAGCUCCAACAUUCGCCCGAGCUGGGACCAACUAAAAGAGUUUCAAAAUUUGAGCGUACAACUGGAAGCAGCUUCGGAGAGAAUUAAAAAAAAUUUGGAAAUCCUAUUGCGCAGAAGGGCCCCGACAGAGAAAGAUAUAAACCUUGCAGAACAAGUUCGUUCCGCUAAAGAUAUUAGACAGGUGAUGCCGUCGCUUGGGGCAACUCUUAAGAGGAAUCUUAUUCUCCUAUUCCAAGGACCACGACUUGAUUCCGCACUUGACACUAGCGCCACAAAAGCCAGAAAAAACCAAGCUCGAACUAGAUGCGAGACACUUCGCGCUCAAACGCAUCACUUGAUCCUCCUGUGGUCAAUAAAAAUUCAGCCAUCCGCUUGGAGCAGUUCAGUGGGCAUGAGCGAUAACACCUUCUACUUUCUCAUUGAAGAGCUAAAGAUGGAAGAAAUGAGUCAAGUCCCAGCCCGUAUAGUCGAAAUUUUGGAGUACUUAAAAAAAGAAGAACCUCUGAAGAAUAGUAUGCCGUUCGAGAACUUCGCCAAAAAGGUAGCUCAGCAUAAGGCAUGUACGGAUUCACUUAAGCGGAAACAUUCAACAGAAACUUCUAGCUAUCAAGAAGGAUCUUAUAAAACAUUGAGGGAAGACGACAGCCAGCAACAAAUGCAGUUGAUCGAGCGAAGCAAGCAAAUCGAUUAUAAAGGUUCGUCAAUGCCGAUUAGUAACCUGCCGAUUUUGAUUGACAGGCUCCCAACGGCAAUAAAGAGCAGCGUGCAAUGGAAAUGGGAACGCAGAGUCUUCUUGAACAAUGUUGGCGGUUUAGAAGGGGAUAUUUUGGACAGAACAGAUUGUCUGAAUUUCUUUGUUCCCAAGGAUCGAAACCAUGAUAUUUCCAUCACUUUAACGGUCGGUCAUGAAGUCGGAUUGGAGGUAAUAGCGGAGGUAGAGGCUAUUCGCGCGUGA